AUGGAUGACUUAACUAGAAUAUUAUCAAUUGAAGAAUCACAAUUGAACAGAAAUAUAGAGAUAGAUAGAGUAUUAGAAUGUUCAGAUUAUGACUUUUUUGCAAUAAUGGAAAUCAACCCGUUAUUUACCACAUAUGAGGAUAUACCAAACCUAAUCAAAAAAAUAUAUAGAAAAAAAUCACUACUAAUACAUCCAGAUAAAUCAGAUCACCCGGAAGCUUCAAAAGCAUUUGAUAAAUUAAAACAAUCAGAGAAAAUCUUGGGAGCAAUUGAUGAACAAAGUGAGGAAUUCAAAGAGAAACAAAGGUUAUAUUCCAUAUAUCAAUAUUUCAAAAAAGAAGACACACCAAACGAAUUGAAUCACCCAGAGAACUCUCAAGUAAGAGCCAAAGUAGCCGAAAUUAUAAAUAAUGAAUUAGCAGAUGAGGAAUUACAAAAAUUAGCAAAACAAAGUGAAGAAAUUAGGAAAAAUGAAAUGUAUCAAAAACUAAAAGAUGAAAAAAAUGCUAAAAAACAAAUGGAAAAUAAGUGGGAAGAAAAUAGAGAUGAUAGAGUUAAAAAUUGGAGAAAUUAUUCAAAUAAAAUUGAUAAAAGGAAGAAAAAGAAAAAAGAUGGUAAAUUGAAAAAAUUAGCAUAA